AUGUUAUCAGAUGAUGAUGAAGAAAAAUCAACAUCAAUAUCGAGAACAAAAAGACUUAUUGAAUUUUUUGGUGAAGAUGUUAUUAAAGAUAAUGAUCUUUGUUGUCGUUUUGUUAUUGCUAAUGUUUCACAUCUACCUGGACAAAUAAAAUUUUCAAUAACAAUUAUAAAAAAAUCAUCAGCUAAACGUAAACAUGAUGAAUUAAAUGAAAAAACAUUAACACGUCAAUCGAGAAUUGUUCUUGGUCCAUCAUCAUUCUUUGGUCAAACGAAUAGUCAAUAUAUAAAAUGGCUUAAUUAUCAAAAACGUAAAUAG